AAUUACAACAAUAUUAUCAGAUUUCUGCAACUCAUUCGCUUUAAAUUUAUUAAAAACCUCAACAAACUCUCCAAAUUAACAAAGCAAUUUCUCAAUAUUAAUCAGCCAGAAGCAAAAACCCACAUUUCCGGAAAACAGCGUCGCAUCGAGUAUCAAUCGGUAACGCCAUUUUGUUCUCAUACCGACAGAACAGUGCAAGCCAGUUCGCGUUCCUGUACGAAAAAUGUCUCAAAAUAACCUAAACUUGGACGAGAAUGAGAUUCAUUACGUUUACGAUAAGCAGGAAUAUAUUUUAGGGGGCGAAGACAUUAAUUCGGAGCUUAGAGAUCUGAUUUGUAGCGAUGGUUCUAAGACGAUUUUAGUUGAUAAGGAUGGCCAGUAUAUCAUUGCAGAUAAUCAAGCGGUUCUUCUCCAGGAAGGGGACACAAAUUUAACACAAUAUUAUAUUAAUGACAACUCGGAAGGAUUUGUGGUAGAUGGGGAAGAGACUUCAGGAAAUACAUUGUUCGAAAGCACAGAGUGUAUACAGUUAGUGGAGGAGGACACAAACGAAGUCCCACAAAUUAUCUACUACUCUAAUGAUGAUUCAAAUGCUGAAGAGUAUACAUCUGUGCAAGAAUAUGGUGAAGACGGCGUCGUGGGAGUUCAAGAUGAAGAAGGAAACAUUUAUCCUUUUAAAAGGAUAAGAUUAGAAGGGCAGUUGCUAAAUUUUGAAGAUUUUGUGCAACAGGCAAACUUGACAGAACAGACAAAUAAAACUGACAGUUUGGAGUAUGCGAUUUUGGAAGAUGCAAAUCACCUUCAAUCUGAGUCAUAUGAAACUUCAACCAUUGAGAACUCAGAAAAGUCCAAUCAGAGUAUCGAUUUAUCAAAAAUUACAGGUCGUAAUUUAAUCACGGGGCAAACUGUAACGCUUCAUAGUUACAUGGAGAAGUUGAAAAAGCGUCUAAACAAAACAAACAGUUCUCAUAUGACGCGAAAGUCACCGAAAAAAAUCUACAACGAUUCGAAUAUUCCUUUAAAAAAAACCUACGAAUAUGAAUCAAAAAAACCAGAACUGAGCGACUUGUUGGAUAAGAAGAUUUCCAUAGGGACAACGAAAAGCGGAAAGAGAAUCGUGGGCAAGAUUAUCCACGUCGAGAAAAGAGGGAAAAAGGAAGAAGAGGAAAACAAUUUGGUUAUUAAUGACCAGAUUGCUGAAACUCCUAGAGAAGAAAUUGAGGAAGAAGUGGUGCGAAAUGACGAUCCAAUGAAGAUUUUAGUCAAGAAGUGUACAGUGUCAAUAGAAAGUUUUGAGCAAAUUUCAAAAACGUUAGGCGGCGUGAUGGAAAUGGAAUCUGUGCGGAAGAAGUUAGAGAAUAAGAACAUCGUGGUUAAACUCGUAGAGAAAAAAUACGUUAGCGAAAGUGACUCCUAUGUUAAAAACACUUCCUAUAGUUAUGGCUAUAUGGAGCAAGAAUUCAGCCAAGAUGCUAACGACGAAAUCAUAGAAAAGUGGAAAUUCGUGCCAGAUCAAGAUACACAGGAUGUGCUUUUGGGUCAACAUUUUAACGAAGAAGAAUUGGAGAAAAAAACAACGAAAUUUCCGGUUACGACAAGCCUUACGAUCUUAGUUACGCAUGAAAAAGCCGGCAAUAAAACCAUCCGUGUCAAUUUAAACCCCGCCCCUGGUAAUCUGUGCACCAUUUGUGCGCAGUACUUCAAAACUAACCUUCAACUGCGGUACCACAUGCAGGAGGUACACAACACAUACGGGAACAACAACACGUGCGAAAUUUGCGAGAAGACUUUUGAUAACAUGCAAAAAUUGACUGAACAUCGUAAUAUUCACGUCCAAGAAGGCAAACUCUUUGUUUGUCUUAAAUGCAAUAAGUCUUUUGGUUCUAGAACGAGACUCCAGAAGCAUAUGCCUACACAUGAUGUAUAUUUGCGACCUCUGGAGUGUUCUGUGUGUGAGGUCAGAUGUGCUAGCGAGUGGGCGCUGAAGAAACAUCUGCUCACUCAUGCUGGUAUUAAACCAUAUUCCUGUGAUAUAUGUACUAAGCAGUUUAUGACGCAGUAUGACGUGAAUUUUCACAAGAAGGUGCACUUUCCAGAGAAGCAUUUCGCUUGUAAUGUAUGUAUGAGGACGUUUUCAAGGCAUUCAAAUUUGUUGAGGCAUAUGGAGAUACACAAGGGAACGGGGGCGUUGUACAAGUGCGAAAUUUGCUAUUGUUCUUUUAAUUACAUUUCAUCGUUGACGAGGCACAUGGUUCAGAAUCAUAUCGAUGCGGGGGAUUUUCGGAAAGAUGUCGAAAAGGCGUGAUCUUUAAGAAACUAUUUUUUUGUAUAUUUUAUUUAAAUUUACAUUUUCAUUGUUCUAUAAACACCAUAGAGUAAAACAAAGUGGCACAAGUGUAGUAAGGCACUUGAAACGUGGGUACUGGGGUACACAUUCCAACAAUAUUCCAAAACACCCAAUAAUAAAAACAUGACUGGUUUUCUGAAACCGGUACAAAACACUAAAUACAAUAAACUAUGAAAAUACCAACUGUAAAA